ACCACCCCCAUCGAGCGGGAAAACGAAAAAGCUACCACUCCCUUUCCCUCUCUACUUACUUUCUCUCUCUAGAAAUCCUAUUAAUUCCAUGGUAGAAAAUUUCUCGCCCCAGCUAGUUCGUGGUGUAGUCUGCUCCGAUCGUUCACAAGUGAGUUGGUUUUUCUCAUCUCUCUAGUUGACGAAACCGUCCGUACGUCUAUUUGCGUGUUUGUGUGAGUUCUCACUUCCUUUCCCCCUCUUUCUCUCUCUAAAAUUAAUCAGAUUUCAGUGCCCCACUUGAUUAGAAUGGCUGAUUUAGUGUGCUUCAAGGAUGAAGUAUAAUGUUUAAUCUCUCUAUUUGGAUUUAUGUAUUUCUCAGGCUGAUUAGUGAAACAUGGAGUACUAUUUUUCCUUGAUCUCUUCGCUUUCUCUCUCUACGCCACUUUCUCUCUCUAAAAAUCGAAGAAUUUCGACCGUAGAAAGUACCGUGACGUGAUCCACACUUUCUGCGUAGUUACUUCCUCUUCCACUCUCUUUCUGUAUCCAUAGUUGCAUCUUCUUUUUCUCUCCCCGAAACCAUGGCGGUGGCGUCCGAGAGCUUCUCGAUCCGAGAGUAUGCGUCGAAGAUGAGGACGGUUGAUUUGGCAAAAUGCUGGCCGUUCGAGGGGGAUUCAGAUAAGCUGAACAAAGAAGUUGUAGAGGGUUUCCUCCCUCCGAUUACGGUCAAGAAGUUCAGGUGGUGGGCGGAUGAGGUGGCGCUCGUGCGAUCCAAAUGCUGCAUGGACCAAGAGAAGUCAAAAACUCAUGAAGAGUCAUCUAAAUUAAUGUCAGGCGUGGAGGCCGAGAAAUCAGAGGUGGUUUUGAGAUCAUCUGAGAAUAGGGAUUUACUAAUUUGUUCGGUAGAGGAGCGGCCGAGGAUGAAAAUCAAGGCCAAAUCGUGGACACCGAAGAAGAGAUCAAUAGUGGAGAUUUUCGCAGUGGCGCCCCAGGUGGAGAGGGUAGAUGAUGAUGAUGAUGAUGAUAAUGUUGAUGUGGGGGAGGAGGAGGUGAAUACUCCUCAUGAUCAAGAUAAUUCUCUAGAGGAGGGGUUUCUUUGUUCCAAGGUUUCGACUUUGAGCGAUGUUUGUUUGAAUAAAAAUGGUAAAAGAAAGAAGAAUAUGAAGAAGAAGAAGAAAACCAAAUUGAAAGAGACAACUGAAACAAUUAUCAGCAAGGACAAGAAUCUCAAGUUCAAGAGGAAAGGCAAGAAGAACAAUCCAUUGGCUCGAUCUAAUAUUGCGAACAAGGAGAAACCUCAUAAACACAAACUGCAGUCUCCAGUCAAUUUCACCAGGAAAACAAAAGGUUUGUCGUAUAGUAAGGGGUCCACAAGUGACGUCUUGGAUGCUGUUCCUAUCCAUAGGAAGAAACCAAGACUGAAAUGUUCAGCUAUGAAAAAAAGGAACAAAAAUUUUCAAUCUUCCAAGUUGCUUGUAAAGCACCAGAAACCAGUGUUUCCUGUUUGUGGCAUUCUCAAGAAACACAGCAAUGUAAUUUCAGGACAGAACUCUACAACAUGCAACUCGCUGGGUGAUAAUCAGGCAAAUCAGCGUGGUGAUCGACCAUCAGACCGGCAUGUCACAUUUUCAGAGAAGGAUGACAUACUCAGACCAAGGAGAAAACUUUUGUCUUCCGUAGGGUGUCCUAAAUCACAAAAUAUCUGCAGUUCAUAUUCCAAUGCUUUUACUGCUUCUUAUGUGAAGGAUCAUGCUGAGGAAAGUGGUAAAGAUUUAGCUACUGUGGAGGUGACUGGAAGUGAUGAAGAUGCUUCUAAUAGAACAGAAAAUGAGACUGAAAUUCAACUGAUUGCUGAAAAGCAAUUGUCUGAUAUACAUCAUCAUCAUGCUGAUAUACCAAAUUUUCUGAGGCCACAUAUUAGUUGUCAAGAGCGUUUCUCUGACAGACCUGUAACUGUAAAUGAAGUUGCAACACAUACUGAAAGUUUGCGUUCAUUUGAACAAGGCUACAGAGCGACAUCAGAUGAUCCCUCAUAUGCUUUCAACCCUGGAUUUCUUUCUGUUCGAAAAGAGGGGUAUAAACCCAAUGUGAACACUCAAUUAUGUGGCAGUAUUUCAAGAGUUUCCAAUACAAAUGGAAUGGUCAUUGAUAAUUUUGGGGAUCCUACUGCUGGGUUUACUUCAGUGUCUUGCAUGGAUAAGGCAUUUCCCCAGCCUUCAUCAUCAUAUUUUUGUGUCAACGGAAAUACAAAUGGGAGGAUUCUAUUUCCCUCACAAGCCACCCAACAGAAUUUUCACGGUCAUGCUUCAGAAUACCAACCAUAUUGUCCUGUGUCUCCUAAGGAAUUGAUGGGCAGUAUAUAUUCCUCUACGGAUUGGAAACAAAGAAACGUAACGUGUAAAGAGCAACGCAUGAAAGAAGAUUUCUUUGGUUUGCCUCUUAAUUCACAAGGAGAACUAGUUCAGUUGAAUUCAAAUGGUAAAGAUGGAUAUGGCCAACUGAUGAGGACAAGUACAGUAACAGGUUCUUCCAGGAACUUAGCUGAGGACAAUAAUGUACUGCCAAAUCACACAGGUAAGCGUUUAAGUGUUGGGAGAGCACCAUUGAAGGACCAAUUAAAAUUGUUCCCCAUCCAGAGCUGUGUGGAAGAGAAUUCCAACUUACCUGUAUCAUCUAGGCCAGGUAUCACUGAAUUACAAGGUACUGGAAGAACGGAUGUUCAUUGGUUUAAUAGUGUGAGGGCAGAUAACCAUUAUGUCUUUCCACUGGAGUCAGAUCUGGACCUGAUGAACAUCUCUGGAAAUGGGCAGAAACAAUAUGAUCAGGUUCAGAAUCACUCUAGAUAUAGAAAUAUCCAUUUACAAGGGAAUAAUGAUCACUUCUCACAUCAUGGUACUCAACCAACAAUGCGGUUGAUGGGUAAAGAGUUUAUAGUUGGUAAAAGUAGCCAAGACUUGGAAGGAUUUGAGGAUGAAAAGGUUUGGAUGGAUAAGCAAAUUAUAGCAGAACAUCAUCCUGCUGAUACUGCCACCGACAACUCCUCAAUAAAGAGACAGUUUCAGCAGGACCUGAUGGUUCAUCCAGUAUCUAGAACAUUGAAGCAGUCUGUAGAUUGUAUGUCAGAAAUUCAAAUCAAUCAGGCAUCACAUUGUGUCAUGCCGAUGAGACCUCCAGAGUUUAGGUUUUCUCACCCAUAUCUCAACUGUCAAACUAAUAUAGUUUACCAAAAUGGCUGUGGCACCAUCAACGGAAUUCCAAAUUCCAAAUCACUUCAUUCUUCUCCAGCUGUUUCCCCUGCAGGCUUUAACUGGUCGCCCACCUUUCAGGAGCCCUUUAUAUCCGGAUAUGAAUCUUCAAAAGUCAAAUCUCAAAUACCAAUACAGGCACCUCCUGCUCACUAUACCUGUCAGAAAAUGAGUUCAAAUUUUGCUGAACUUGAAUACAAGCAGAAACUACCAUACGCUACCAAAUCACUGUUAGAAUUUCCUUUCCUGCAUCCUGAAUGUGGAGAGCAUGCUAACCUAUCUCGGUUUCAAAGCUCUUCUAAGAGUCAGCCCCCAUGGUUGUCAAAUGCCACACAACAGAAGGAAACUUCAGUUGGUUCUUUCCGAACAUAUUCUCAUGCUGGUGGUUGUCAUCAUCCCUGCACUAUAUCUGGAGCUAACCCUAGAAAUGUCCUUCCUGUGCACCAUAGACCAGAGGUUUCUUAUGCGUGCAAUCCUUUGUCUUCUCACUCUUCAUUGCAGGACUUACUUGGUUUGAAUGCUUUGGGUCACCCUCCUUUCAUUCCUGUCCGCCCCGGAUGUAUACCAACUUCUGCAAUAUAUAAUAGCUAUGGAGAAAGAAUGAAGUCGAAAGUAUGUGCUAAGGAUCCUAAUAAUGGCAAGAAAACCAAAAAGAGGCCUGCAACUAAAUCAGAUGAUUUUGAAAAGCCCAGUAAGGUACCUAACUUGGAAAUUCAAGACGACUUUAUUGCUGCAACAGCAUUGAAGGCUGGUGGAAACUUUGGAGGUGAUGUAUAUUUUAGCAGAGAAGCACUUGGACUAGAUUCAAACAUAGAGAAAGGAAGCAAUUUAGGAUGUUUCCAAAAUGAUACUGAAGAGGAUGGACUGAGAGUCUCACCUGGGAUUGAUUCGUCUAAAAUGGACCUAAUGGCAAGAUCAGGUCCCAUCAAGCUAAGUGCAGGAGCAAAGCACAUCCUUAAGCCCAGUCAAAAUAUGGAUGAGUGUAACUUCAGGCCAACCCAUUCAACUAUCCCUUUUGCUGUAGCAUGUAGUUCUGUUCAGACUUUCGAGGCUCAGAAGAAAUCAGCCAAGAUCUACAAGUUUUAGGGAAUGCUUCUUUCUGCGGAAUUCCCUACUAAACUUAUUUGAAGGACCUCCGUCCGUUCAAGUGACAUUUUGUAAUGCAACAGGAAUGCUUCCUUAUUCCAGCCUCCAGGAUACGAGGCUCAUCAUAUCUCAGAUUACUCUUGGGCUAUCAAGUUUGUUUGAAAUGUAAGAUUUCAUUUUCCAUCAUGUUGUCCAUUCUACAAUGGCUGGAAUUAUGUGACCACAGCAGGGCAUUCGAACUGCCCCAUGUUGUGUUGUUAAAUUAUGCUCUCUGUUUCUUAUCAGGUAUUUUCCCAAUUCUAUGUAGAUGACAUACUAGCAGUGGUUUUUGUGCUAGCCUUCUCACACUUCUCUUGGGUAUUAUUAAAACCGUCUCUUAUUUAUUUUUUGCUUGAAAUUGUUGGUGAGACAAUUAUAUUGUUCUAAUUAUUUGCAUGGAAGUAAGCCUGCCUUUUCGGCCAAUGUGAGGUUAAUAAUGUGAGCUCUAAUUGGGAAAUCAUUUGGCACUUUCCAUUGAAAGAGGAAGAAGUAAUUUUUUACUGA